AUGGCGACGGCGACGGCGACGGCGACGGCGACGGCGACGUACACGUGCAUCACGUGCCGCGUGGCGUUCCGCGACGCGGAGCUGCAGCGCGCCCACUACAAGAGCGACUGGCACCGCUACAACCUGCGGCGCAAGGUGGCCGCCAUGGCCCCGGUGAGCGCCGAGGGCUUCCAGGAGCGGGUGCGCGCGCAGCGGGCCGCGGCGGCCGCCGAGGAGCAGCGCCGCGACUCGGCCACGUACUGCGCGGCGUGCGGCAAGAAGUUCGCCUCGUUCAACGCCUACGACAACCACCUGCGCUCGCGGCGGCACGGCGAGCUGGAGCGCAGGGCCGUGCAGGCCGUGAGCCGCCGCGUGCAGAGCCUGAACGAGAAGAACCUGGAGAAGGGGCUGCGCGCGGGCGCCGUGGACAAGGACGCGGUGAACGCGGCCAUCCAGCGGGCCAUCAAGGCGCAGCCGUCCACGUCGCCCAAGAAGACGCCCGCCGCGGGCGCCGAGCGCCGCGACAGUGUCGCCGCCGCGGGGACGCGGGCCGCGCCCGACCGAGAGCCGGCCGACAAGCCGCCGCGGCUGCAGUGGUUCGAGCAGCAGGCCAGGAAGCUGGCCCGGCAGCCGGGCGAGGACGGUGACUCAGACGACCGGGACGGGGACGGGCCGGAGGACCUGGACGACGAAGACUGGGAAGACAUUGACUCUGAGGAAGAGGUGGAAGGCGAGGACGACUUGGAGGACGUGGAGGAACAGGACGUGCAAGCGGAGGCUGGGGACAGGCCGGCCCCGGGCGCCAUCCCCGUCACGGACUGCUUGUUUUGCUCCCGCCACUCUCGCUCGCUCCUCAAGAACGUGGCUCACAUGACCCAAGCGCACAGCUUCUUCAUCCCUGAUAUAGAGUAUCUUUCAGACCUGAAGGGGCUGAUUCGGUAUUUGGGAGAGAAAGUUGGUGUUGGCAAGAUUUGCCUGUGGUGCAACGAGAAAGGGAAAUCCUUCUACUCCACGGAGGCUGUGCAAGCGCAUAUGAACGACAAGAGCCACUGUAAGCUCCUCACGGACGGGGACGCCGCUUUGGAAUUUGCAGAUUUCUACGAUUUCAGGAGUAGCUACCCAGAUCACAAGGAAGGAGAGGAUCCAGAUGAGCUUGAUGCUCCGUCUUCAGACAGGCACUUGGAAUACGAUGAUGAGACCAUGGAGCUGAUUCUGCCUUCUGGCGCCAGAGUGGGUCACCGCUCCUUGAUGCGCUACUACAAGCAGCGGUUUGGGUCGACAAGAGCCGUGGCAGUCGCUAGAAACCAGAAGGCCGUGGGCAGGGUACUGCAGCAGUAUCGAGCCCUGGGAUGGACCGGCAGCACAGGAGCAGCUCUCAUGCGGGAGCGGGACAUGCAGUAUGUGCAGAGGUUGAAGUCAAAGUGGAUGCUGAAGACGGGCAUGAAGAACAAUGCCACCAAGCAGAUGCACUUUCGGGCCCAAGUUAGGUUCUGAGAGGCUGCGGGGCUGAGGUGGACCUCCUGCACUUUGCUCCUUGCCCGAGGACACUGGGAGCCAGAGGGUGGGGUGCGUUCUUUUGCUGCUAUUUCAUUUGUCCUGACCUAAUUAAAAAAAAAAGUCAGAAUCA